AUGAAUACAGACCUAUCGCAACCAAUGCAGAUGAGCACUCCAUCGCAACCGCGGCCGCUGGGAUCGGACCAGUCACCCCAUGCGCUUGCCGACAACGUCGACGACGAUGACUCGAUUUUCGAAGAUCCAGAUGGCGCCCUCGCAGCACUUCAACCAGCAAUGAGCUAUGCCGCGAGCUCCCUUGCCUCGUCACAGACGCCUACGACGGAAAGGACCGCAGCAUUGGAAACUGGCGGCUUGCUCGAUGCCAUUGCGGAAGUCGAUGGGGAUGGGGAUGGGGAUGGAGGAGGUAUUCUCGAACAUGGGCCGUCGAUUUCAUUUGCUGCCGGGACCAUGGAAACCAAGUUGUCUGGACGUCCUGACCCGGGACAGCCUCUUGGCAGCCACGACCCCAACCGAAUAGGAAAACCCUCCUUGGGUUCACCUCGGAAGCCCGGGUCGAAUGAAGCCACGAAUGAAGAGGAUUCGCGCUCCGCUCCAUCUCGCAGCGACUUGGAGGAGUCCGCCUUGGGGCCAACAAGGCAGAGUCGCUCGCGGUCCGCCGGUCAGGAAGUCUUCAAGAAAUUGUCCAAGGCUUUCCCAUCCAUCAAUCUACCGACACAGUUUCGGCCGACGUCAUUCCUAGCCAGCUUCAACGGAGACCACAAGCACGGUGAAAAUGGCAGCUUUAGAUCGGCACCUGCUGGCGCCCCCUUUUCAGCUUCAACGAUACGACACGGCAUAGACUCUCGAACGUUCCCGUUGAGGCGAACGCGCACGCCUCCCCCUACGCAGGCCCGGCCUCCCGUCCUUCGUAGGGUCACAUCGGACGAAAGCAUCCUCUAUCACAGCCUCUCUCGUGCUUCCUCCCUCGGCGACGAUGAUCGCUUCCACGACGUUCGGGCAAUGGUCAACAUUCGAUUCAUGGCAUUCAAGGAUAGCCUACCCGACGUACCCAACUUCAAACUACCGGGCCUCCCCAGGCUGCAAGUCGCCUCCCGGAUGCCAUCCAUCUCCCUCAACGGCCUCUUCUCCAACUCGACCGACGAUGCCGUCACCUCGCGGCAUGCCAUGGCCGAUAGGGGCAUGCCCGGCACCGUUACCAGCCCUACGAUGCCCAAAAAUGCCACCUCGACGGCGCUGGACCGCGUUCUGGAGGAAUUGACCGGAGACAUCGUUGUUCUCGGCGGUUACCGGGGAUCGAUUCUGCGCUCGGCGGAGCCGCCGUACCAGCAGCUGUGGGCGCCAGUCAAGCUAGGCUUCAACAUGCGCAAGGCGAACCUCGAGGUUGGCUUGGAAGACGAGGACGAGGAGUCGAUGGAGGAGAGGAUCAUGCCAUCCGGCAUGCUGCAGCACAUCGGACCCAUCGACAUCUCCCGCAAGCUCUUCAAGCGCCUGCGGUCGUGCGAGAAUGCGCGAAACGGCAAGCUGCGCGUCUGGGACUUUGGUUACGACUGGCGCCUGAGCCCAGCCGCGUCGUCGCACCGACUCCAACAGUUUCUCGCCACCCUGCCGUCGAACCAAGCCGGGGCAGAGCCGCGGUCCCGCGGCGCCAUUGUCAUCGCUCAUAGCCUGGGCGGUCUCAUCACGCGCCAUGCGGUGAACCGUCAGCCGCUUCUGUUUGCCGGCGUCUUGUACGCCGGCGUUCCGCAACGCUGCGUCAACAUUCUCGGGCCCCUGCGAAACGGGGAUGCUGUCCUCUUCAACGAGAAGCUUCUCACUGCCCACGUGAACUUUUCCAUCCGCACGUCCUUUGCCUUGCUGCCCGACGACGGCUUCUGCUUCGUCGACAGGGACACCGGGGAGCAGUAUCCCGUCGACUUCUACAAGGCUGAGGAUUGGGUCAAGUGGCGACUGAGCCCCUGCGUGGCGCCAGUCCUGCCGCCGCACAAUCGAGACAGGCAGCCGAUGUCGUCGCCACUCUCCUCGCUAUUCCCCAAUUCUCUCCUCAAGGGGAAUCGAUCGGAGCGAAACGGUAGCACGGGUGAAUCAGGUUCCAACCAGGAGAGGGAUCCCAACCUGAGCAUCGCCGGGGACGUGCGCAACGUUGCCACGGAACCUCGCUUGAACAGCGCAGACGCACAAUCAGGCGCCAGUCCGCAUCCGCAGCCCCCUCAUCUUCCGUUGACCGAAAUGACUCCGGACCGUGACCGGGACCGUGACCGUGACCGUCACAUGGCCUACCUCCGCCGCACCCUGGCUGCGACGAAAAAGUUCCGGUCCGAACUGGGCCACUCGUCGGCUAUCGAGUCUUCCAACACGUAUCCUCCGCAUGCGGUCUUGUAUGGAAAGUCAAUCCCGACCGUGUACGCGGCGCAGGUGCGUGGAUGGGAUGGGAUCCCGUGCGCCGACGCGUACGACGAUCUCCUCUUCCGAGCCGGCGAUGGUGUGGUUCUCGCCAAAGAAGCGAUGCUUCCGCCGGGGUAUUCCCUCGUCCGAGCAGGGCGGGUGAGCACGGAGCGUGGGCAUCUCACCAUGCUCGGAGACCUGCCGGCUGUGGGCCAGGCGCUGGAAUCGCUGGUGAGAGGACGCAAGAAGGGCAUAGGGUUGGGAACGGGGGCAACCGGUGGCCGUGUUGGCGAUCGGACGUGA